AGAUGGAAAGCAGAACAACAAGAACAUGUGUUUACGGUAAAGAAACACAGAGUGGUGCGUGUGGAGGACCAGAAGACGGAUAUUCAAACAGCGAAGAAGCAGAACAAUCACAAGAACAAAGAAAUGGUCAAGAACUGUCUCUUGAUGCAGGACAAACUACUACAGAACAUUUAAGCUCGUUGAACAUUAAUUUUCAAGAAACUGGGCAACAAUUAGUAAUUGACAAUGGUUAUCGAGAUCAAAAUUCUUGGAACAUUCCAACAGACAACAUUCAAUAUUUCCCGGGAAUAAUAAAUGAACGACCAAAGCACCCACAUUACGCGAUAAAAAGUGUUAGAAUAUCAUCAUUUGUGUUUUGGCGAAGUACAAACGUAAUGAAACCCGAGGAUUUAACAGAGGCUGGCUUUUUCUUUGGUGGGAUAGACGACUUAGUUUUUUGUUUUUUCUGCGGGGUUGGAGUGAAAAAUUGGGAGUAUAGGGACAGUCCCUGGAUCAAGCAUGCCAGGUGGUUCCCUAAAUGCGCAUAUCUAAAACAAUGCAAGCUACUGAUAGAUCUAGACUUCCAGCAAACCAUUCUAGAUGUAAACAGUAUUGCAGCCAAACUUGUUCUAGACAUGGGAUACACCCAACCACAGGUUGAAGACGCUAUUAAACAAACACGACAAAGAAUAGGUAUAUUUUAUUUCUUAUGUUCAUAAAUAUUUAAUUUCUUUCUUGUAGGUAUACGUAUAAGGAAAUCAAAAA